AUGACUAAUUUGGCUUCAGAUUUACACAUGCUGAAAAAUGCCAGAUUGUGCAAGGCAGAAGAGGUGUGGGGGGGCGGAGCGACCCAGGGAGCCUCCUCCUGCAACAUGCCUGGAAUAUAUAUAAACCUUGAGUCCUGCAGAGAACAAGCAAUGCAAAGAAAUAACUUGGCAAAGAUGAACAGACAGAUAAGAUCUGCCAACAUUGGGCUGAUUCUGGCCUUGGUCCUUUUGGCUCUUCACAAAGGAUCAUCAGUUCCAGCAUUAACAUGUGGACUUCAACGGCCUGUUCCAAGGAUAGCGGGUGGCGUGAAUGCCCAGCCUGGCGAGUGGAGGUGGCAAGCCAGUAUCCAAUAUCAGAACCAACAUAUCUGCGGAGGAAGCCUCAUUAAUAACCAAUGGGUUCUCACUGCUGCCCAUUGCUUUUUCGAGAUUGGGAAAGAAAUCCACGUGCAGCACUGGAGCGUGAUCUUGGGAACUAUAAAGCUGACUGGCAAGCGGUUCAGAGGGACAAAACUGAAUGUCUCCAUGGUUAUCCCUUUUGAAAACUACACCAGCUACAUCACAGGCCAUGACAUCGCUCUGGUGCGCCUGGCGAAGCCUGUGCGCUACACCAAAGACAUUGCACCCAUCUGCCUGCCCUUUGCCGAGCACCGCUUUGCCUUUGGGACCCAGUGCUGGUUGACUGGCUGGGGAGACGUCGCAGCCAAUGUCCACCUGCCAGACCCCAAGCCCCUCCAAGAGAUAACCAUGGACCUUUUGACUGUCGACACCUGCAACUGCAUUUACAGCAAUCUGCGCAACAGGCGGAUCGUCAACCCUGCCUUGCCUGGCAUGGUCUGCGCCCUGACUCCUGACCGCAAAAGAGGACCUUGUAAGGGUGACUCGGGUGGCCCGCUGGUUUGCCUAGAGAACGGCCGGUGGUUCCAGGCAGGGAUCAUGAGUUCCUCCUUGAGCUGUACCCAAUUCUACGGACCCACCCUCUUGACAGACGUGAGAUCCUACACCAGCUGGAUCCAGCAUCAUGUUGAAGGAGCCUCAUUUGCCAAUCAGAUUGAGCCCAUACCUAACACCACUGACAGUUACAUGUGCACAGGCUGUGGGGCCCUGCAACAGGAGAACAAACAGUGGCCUUGGUAUGUAAGUCUACAGUAUGAAGGACAGCACGUCUGUGGAGGCACUUUGAUUGGGGAACACCACAUCCUGACUGCUGCUCAGUGCUUCAUCGGGCGCCAGGAAACAGAAGGCUGGGAGGUAUUGCUGGGAGAGUAUCUGGAAGGAGGGCGACAAAAAUGGCAAGAGAAGAGAACUCUAAAAAACAUUGAGCUUCACGGUCUCUACAUUGACAUGAUGGAAGGUCACGACAUUGCAGUAGCCACACUGGCGCAACAUGUGGUGUUCAACAACAGCAUCUGGGCCAUUUGUGCCCCAUAUGCUGCCCACCAGUUCCCUCUUGGCUCGACUUGCUGGACCCGUGGGCGGAGAAUUGAUGAUGGUGGGAUGCCAAGCCCUCUGCAAAGUGUGCAGGCGAAAAUCCUUGGCCCAAAGAAAUGCAACUGCCUCUACAAUGCGACGAGUGACCCUGGGAGAAAAACCCCCAUCAUUCCUGAGAUGAUCUGUGCAGCGCCACACAACAGAUCCAUGCGUUGUGAGGUAAGCAUCGGAGACCCCUUGGUUUGCAGCCAAAAUGGGGUGUGGUUCUUGGCUGGAAUUUCCAGUUUUGGGAAUGGAUGUGGAACUAUAAUUCGUCCAGGGGUUUUCACAUCGGUCAAGACCCAUGAAGAGUGGAUCAUGAACGCUGCCUGGUCCGCAUACUAUAAUGUGCAAAAGCCCCCUCUUCCAAAGGCCACGGAUCAAGAGACUUGCCUGACUGCCUAACCUUCUUGUUAACAUCUAGCAAGCUCAUAAAUCAGGAUUUCUCUUGCAGUGAGGGAUUGAAAGCAAACUUUUGCUUCAAUUUAUGAUUUGUAUGUACAUCUGUCUUGAAGCAACUUGAAUCUUGGUGUAAUCCCACAAGCCAGAGAAAUAUCUACAAGACCAGUCACAUCCUUGGAAAUUCUCUAGUCAACAUUGCAUUCAUUUAUUCAUGUUUCUCAACUGGGCAAUGUUUAAGAUGUGUGGAUUUCAAUUCCCAGAAUUCCCUGCCACGUGUCUUAAAGCUGCCAAAGUUGAGAAACACUGCCUUAGGCACCCUGUUCAUACAGUUACAUUUCUCAUUUCAUUUCAUUUUUUUUAAGCCUGUGGUUGUCCACUCCUGAUCCUGAAAUAUCAGGAUGGCAAAUAUUUAUUUCCUUUUUUUUUGACCUGCAAAUAAGCCUGGGACUAAACUGAUCAAAACUGACUCACCCAAUUUUUACACUCCUAAAAAUUCAUUUUCAAAGGCUGUGAAGCUUGUAUAGUCAAUAUGCCCUGUUCUUUAAUGCUUUGGAAUGCUCUUAUUAUUUUCUAAAAAACAAACCACACACACUAAGUAACCUGUGUACUAAAUAUGAGCUUUUUAGUGUCAGUAGAGUCUUGCCAAUUAAUUACAGACAGCCCCAUACAAUUUACAUUUUGUUUCAGUGAUUAUGAUUCUCUAGUAUCUCAAUAGAAAUAUUGAGACUGACAUACUUCUCCCAAUGUAUUAAACCAUGAUAUGGCUUGUUUCCUUGAGCUUUAGGUAUUCUACAAACUUAACUGCUGUACUUUAUGGCUUAGCCUUUUGAACAAACCUUAAGGGUGGUUUGUUAUACUGUGUAUGCCAUGGUUAUAUAAACCUUUGUACCAUGUUAGCACAGACUACAGCUUCCUUGGCUUUUGUAGACAAGCCAGGAAUCCAGGUUUCUUGCCCUCCACUUUUGCUUUCUUUGAGCCUCAGCACUUUAUUUUGAAAGCAAGAUGUGGGUAGAAUCUUGGAUUUCUUGUGUGAAUUAAAAAGCACCCAACUAAUAUUGAGGUUUCCCCCCCCCCCAAGA